GAAUUGCGUGUGUUUCCAGACGGACGUGUAUCUUCCACGGACCGCAAACAUGGCCGCGUAAGUCAGUGUGAUAUAGGUUACUUGGCCUAAUUUCGAGCAAAUCAUAAUAAUUCAAGCGCUAGUAAACUACAAACAUGAGUCGUAUACGCCACGUCGUGUGCGCCGUGUCAGGCGGCGUUGACAGCUCUGUUGCAGCUUUGCUAUUGAAGAAAAGAGGCUACAGGGUGACAGGGGUCUUUAUGAAGAACUGGGACUCUCUGGAGGAGAGCGGGACCUGCACCUCUGAGAGGGACUUUGAUGACGCUCACAGAGUGUGUCAGACGCUGGACAUCCCAUUUCAUCAAGUGUCCUACGUCAAAGAGUACUGGCAUGAAGUGUUCAGUUAUCUUUUGAAGGAGUACGAGAAGGGCAGGACUCCAAAUCCAGAUAUACUAUGCAAUAAACAUAUAAAAUUUAACUAUUUCCACAAGUACGCCAUCAACACUCUGGGAGCCGAUGCCAUAGCAACAGGUCACUACGCCAGGACAUCCCAGGAGGAUGAAGAUGUUUUCCAUCACAAACUCACACCACAUCACAACACUCACACCACGCUCUUCAGAAAUCCGGUGCGGUUGUACAAACCAGCAGAUCUGCUAAAGGACCAAACCUUCUUCCUUAGUCAGAUCUCACAGGAUGCCUUACGACAAACUAUGUUUCCUCUUGCUGGUCUCACUAAAGCAUUUGUGAAAAAGAUUGCUGCUGAGGCUGGGCUUCACCACGUACUGAAGAAGAAAGAGAGUAUGGGCAUCUGCUUUAUUGGAAAAAGAAACUUUGAAAAGUUUAUUUUGGAGUAUCUCGAACCUAAACCGGGGAAUUUUGUCUCCAUUGAGGACGGGACUGUAAAGGGCAAACACAAAGGCUGGUUCACUCUGACACUAGGCCAGAGGGCGAAGACAGGAGGGCAGAAAAAUGCUUGGUUUGUUGUUGACAAAGACGUCGCUACCGGAGAUGUGUUUGUGGCUCCGACCACCAAUCACCCAGCUCUAUUCCGGGACACAAUGCGGACCGACCGCUUCCACUGGAUAACAGGUGACCCACAUCCUGAGCUAGUCAGGAACCAGAUGAUGGAGUGUCACUUCCGAUUCAUACAUCAAAAGCCCCUUGUCCCGUGCACAGUGACUCUAAACAUGGAUGGCUCUGUGUGGAUCUCACUCUCCCAGCCCCUCAGAGCUCUCACCCCUGGACAGUUUGCCGUGCUGUACAAAGGGGACGAGUGUCUUGGCAGUGGGAAAAUCAUCCAGCUGGGACCCAGUGAAUACACACUGCAGCAGGACCUGGAACGCUUGAAAGCAGCAGCGCAGCAUGGAGAGCAGCAGAGCCCUGAUGCAGCCAGCUGAGACGACCUCAUAACCCAGUUGUAGUAGAAAUACACUGUAUCCGGUACUUCAGCUACACCUCAUGUUGUUCUUCACCUUGUGCCUUUUCUAGGGGCUGUUAAUAGUGGAUGGUCUUUACAUAAAGGCUUGGAUCUUAAACGUCUACACAAGAAAACAGGGUUGACCUCUUUUCUUUUAAAUAUAAUAACAGUUGUUUUAGUAACUAAAUGGUAAUAAGAUCAUUUCUUAGUUAACAGUAACUUUAUUUAAAAGUAAAUCUAGCUCAACUCAUGUUUUUUUCCAGUAUUCCCAAGCACUUUAAUGUGAUAGCACACAUUACUUUAGAUAUACACCAACUCUACAUUAUCUUUUCAAGCACAGUUUGUCUGUUUCUGUCGCUUAAACUCAUCAAAGUAAUUUAGUAAAUGUAAAUGUUUUCUCUGCAUUGCAAAGAGGACCUGGAUAUGAAAUCACUUACAGCUUCGUGUGCUGGAGUUGUGUGUGUGUGUGUGUGUGUGUGUGUGUGUGUGUGUGUGUGUGUGUGUGUGUGUGUGUGUGUGUGUGUGUGUGUGUGUGUGUGUGUGUGUGUGUGUGUGUGUGUGUGUUUGUGUUUGUGUUUGUGUUUGUGUUUGUGU